AUGGAUGUCUCUCGAUCCAAACAAAUACAUAAAGGGAAAAUACUGCGAUUGUUUUCUUGUUUCUCCUGUACCCGAGAUCAAAGUAAAUUCAAGCAUAAAUCUCAUGAGGUGGAAGAAAACCUCUGUAGAGAAAAUAAGGCAUUGAGAGAUGAAAACAAGGCUCUGAGAAAAGACAACAAAUUCCUGUGGGGGGAAAACAAAGCCUUAGGAAGAGAAAAUAAAACAUUUCGGAUGGACAACCAAUUCAUCAGGGAGAGGAAUCAUAUACUAAGGCAGCAGAACCAGCUACUCCGGAAAGUGAAAAGGUUGAUUGUAGAGAAUCAAAAACUCUCUGGCGAAGAACUCAGUGCCUUGAACACAGAAAAAAAGUCCUACUGGCAACAGAAUCAAGCCAUGGAGGCUCAGAUCACAGCUCUCAGACAGCAAGAGAAAGCCUUCCAGCAUGAGGCUAAGGCUCUGCAUGAGGAGAUCAAAUCCCUGCAUGAGGAGACCAAGGCUCUCCAGCACCAGGAAAGGGCUCUCAGGAUGGAAGGGAAAGUCCUGAUGAGGGAAGGAGCGGCUGAGCUGCAGGAGGCCCUCACAAAGGAGGGAGCUGCUCUGGAGAUGGAGGAACAGGCUUUGUGGAAGGAAGAGCAGGCUCUUCGGGAGGAGAACAAGGCACUGAGAGAAGAGCAUGGGGCUCUGCAAGAUGAGGGAGUCGCCCUGCAGGAAGAGGCAAAGAUCCUGCAAGAAUGGAAUAAUAUUCUUCAGGGAAAGAUCACAAACAACCUCCCGGGGCAAACGCAGAAAAAUGACCCAGAGAAGAAGUGUGACCUAAGAACGUAA